AUGGCAGUGGGUCGGAGGACCAUCUCAGCCUCACGCAGUCAGCCCCUCGUGACCAGCGGAGGGGGUCCAGGGGUCGAUCUCGACCAGGCUGCUGCAGAAAACCGUGAAUUCCUGAACACACGAAACAGUGAGAGACAAGAGAUGAUACUGCUCAACGAUCGACUGGCAGCAUACAUCGAGAAGGUCCGAUCGCUGGAGCAGCAAAACAAGUUGUUGGAGACGCAAAUCGAGGCCCUAAUGAAUCGAUACUUAAAGCCCACCGGCCUCCGCCUGCUGUACGAGGAGCAACUCCAGGAGCUGAAGAGGCUGGCGGAGCAGAUGAGGAUACAGCGGGGCCACGCUAUUGCUGCAAAGGACGCUAUGGCGGGUCAGCUGGAGAUGAUAAAGGUGAAAUAUGAGGAGGCCGUAGAGAUGAGGAAGAAAGCCGAGCUUGAUAUUGAAGCCUUCCGUCCGGAUGUGGACGCCGCCACCGCCGCGCGCAUUGCUUUGGAGAAGCAGCUAGAAAACCUGGAGGUGGAACUAGAAUUCCUUCGAAGAGUUCACAAAGAGGAAAUCGAAGAGCUUAUGAAACAGAUAUAUGCGGCCCACACCACAGCAGCAGACGCCUACAGCCUCCCCGACCUCUCGAGCGCCAUCAAGCAGAUCCAGCACCAGUAUGAGGAUAUUGCCGCGAAGAACUUACAGGAAAUGAAUUCUUGGUACAAAACCAAAUUUGAUGAUCUCAACAACAAAUCGUCAAAACAUGUAGACAAGGUGCGAAGUGUACGAGAGGAAAUUGUAACUGCGAAGAAGGACAUUCAAAAUAAGGAGCGUGAUUUGGACUCUUUGAAAACCAAAAAUGAGGCUUUGGAAGCACAGAUCCGUGAGACUCAAGAAAAGUACAGAAAAGAACUGGAAGAACUCCAGGUGAGAAACCAAGUCACAUAUAAUCAUGCUUUGGCCUACAAAGUAAAGUCAGAGAAAGAAAUCUGA